AUGGCUGUCGACGUCGAAGAGCUUAUCAUAACGCCGUUUCGUGAGGUGGUGGAGAGGGGAAAGGAGGCCGUGGCGAAUGCCGAAGAAGCGCAGAACGACGACCCGGAGCAGGCCAAGCAGAUGAUGAAGUCCGCAAUGGCUAUCACCAAGGAGGGCGAGCGCGCGCUGAAACGGCUGCAACCGCUCUGGGACAGCCAGGUUGAGAAGCACGGUGACACAUUCAAGGACAUCAUUGCGGACAACGACGACAUUGCGGAGAAACGGCGAGUCCUUGAAGAGCUCUUGUACGACUUUGAGGAUUUCUUGGACCUGGAAAGUUUCGACUCAUCCAAGUUCGCCGAGGUCCAGACCGCAGCCAGAUCGUUCGCUCUAGACGUGCUGGACUCGAUCAAAAGGAUGAAGAUUGAAACCAAAACUCCCACAACUCCGGUCUCGGCGUUUCCACCGCUGCCUCCAUUGCCUCCUUUGCCGCCGUUACCAGCACAGCCUCAGAAACUCGCCUCCCAGCCCGGACAGGCGCCGCCGUCGCGAAGCGGCAGCCAGGCCAGCGCCAAUUUCUCCCUGUUUCCUGUCGUUGCACGACAGCAGCCGAAACGGACUGCGACCAGAAGCUCACACGGGUCAUCAGAUGGAGCGACGCCACGCAGGAACUCGUCCGUCGCCAGGUCCGCUGCUUCUGACACUAGAUCUUCGCACGUGUACUCAUCCAGCAAUCAAGAUACGACAAGCACGACUGUCUCGGCAGCCAUCAAUGGCAGGGAAGAGUAUCGAUCAUCGUCCCCCGAUGUUCUCGGGGAGGAACUGAACCAACUCAGGAUCAUCACAUCACAGGAACCACCGCCACACCCAUGGACAUCCAACUGGAUCGAGGAACAAACUUCAGUCCCGAGGCCCCGUCGCCAUGUACGAGGAAGUAUACCGGAGGACUCGGCCGUGACAAACCAUACACUGAGCGAUAGCACGACUGCUGCUCGUUUCAACAAAUACGGCCUCGACAAUAGCAUCACUCCGCAAAGCUCUGUCUUCGAUCCCACCAGUCCCUCCACUACAAAUCGAACAUCGGUGAACUCAGAUUCACCGACACAAUCGUCCAGCGGACCGUCGCCCAAACUACCUGUGAGCGAGAUGCGAUUAUCCUCACUAGCGGCGAUUCACUUCGGGCCGACCGUUUCCAUGGGCCUCCAGCCCCAGGGUCACUUCAGUGACGGUCUGAUGUUGGCCGACGAGCAGGCGGUUUCGGAAACGAGCACCCAGCGCCACAGGUCCAUAUCAACUCUCGCGAAGGAGGAGGAUUGUUCGAUCGGGCCGAAGAGCUCCUUCCACCAGCUCAAGGGCUUCUGCGAGGGCGCGCAGUCGUUCCGCCGGGGGGGAUACUGGAAUGGCCUCAAGCAGGCCAUGGCAUAUGUUAGCAACAACUCGUCCCCGGUCUCCGUGGUUCGGCGCGGCAUCCUCGCUUGA